AUGUCUGACACAGUCCUCCGUAAACUAUGGAUGGAUAAACUGAGCCCACAAACAUCACAAAUAUUAGUGUCACUCCCGGACGAUUUGGACCUACAGCGAUUGGCAGAAAUCGCGGACAAAAUAUAUGAGAAUAAACCUCCGGGAAAUGCUUCUGCGACACCACUACAACCUAUUGUCUCUUCAGUCCGUGACUCACAAGAGUUAUCGAAAAUUAAAGAUUGUAUAGCCGAGCUUACCUCACAGUUACAAGCUCUACAAACCGCUAUGCAUCAGCAAAAUCGCACACCCAACAAUUUCACUAGUCGACCACGUCCAUCGCAUCAUACUAGUCGAAGAUCACGUUCCACAUCCAGAAGCAGGCCUAUAUUUAAUACCUGUUGGUAUUAUUUUAAAUAUGGACAACAAGCGCGGCAUUGUACGAAACCGUGUAACUUCGACAUAAACGCAGCUAAGGAUAACAAACACAGCAGUCGGGAAACGACUAUCCCGGCAACAAGUAGAGACGUUUGCUGCCGGAGGGAUGCCAAAAGUCGUCUCUUUUACAUCCGAGAUGAGAACUCCGGAUACUUGUUUUUAGUGGACACUGGGGCCCAAAUUAGUGUAAUACCAGCCAAGCCUAAUAUGUUGAAUAGAAAGACAGAUUAUACGUUACAAGCGGCGAAUGGAUCUUCAAUCCAGACAUAUGGUGAAACCUCUUUAACCCUAAAUCUGGGAUUUAGGCGAUCUUUUCCGUGGGUAUUCACGAUAGCCCAAGUUCGAACCCCAAUCCUAGGAGCGGAUUUCCUCGCCCACUUUAACUUGUUCGUUAAUAUGUCUUCCCUUUCUUUGGAGGAUAAAACGACCAACAUUACAAGGAAAUGA